GGUUCCUGUUGUCGGCACUCACAACAGAUGUAGCAGUAGCUUUUGGCCACCUGAGAGAAAACGGGGGGAAAUCUGUCUUAAGUCGUAAAAGAUCAGUUUGACGUUUGAAAGAGGGAGACAGAAGGCAGUAACAAUGGACAGUGAAGAAAAGACUUAUGGUGGCUGUGAAGGGCCAGAUGCUAUGUACGUGAAAUUGAUCUCAUCCGAUGGCCAUGAGUUUAUUGUGAAGAGAGAACAUGCUUUGACCUCUGGAACAAUCAAAGCUAUGCUUAGUGGUCCUGGCCAGUUUGCUGAGAAUGAAACAAAUGAAGUCAACUUUCGAGAGAUUCCCUCUCACGUCCUUUCUAAAGUGUGCAUGUAUUUCACAUACAAAGUCCGCUAUACUAAUAGUUCAACAGAAAUCCCAGAAUUUCCCAUUGCCCCAGAGAUAGCACUGGAGCUUCUGAUGGCUGCAAACUUCUUAGAUUGUUAAAUAUACAAGUAUAUACUCAUAAACACAUCUGAAUGCAGAAUAAAUAUGAAAAAAAAAAAAAAACAUUGGGUAAUUUUAUUGCUUUUAAAUACUUUUAAGUUUGCCAACAUAGUAUGCUGUAUUGAGUUAGGAUAAUUUAAGAGUAUUAACUUUUUUUUUGGUCAUUUGUUCCAUUUAUCUGUUCAUUAUUUUUUGCUGUAACCCAGUAUUAACUUCUAUAUUAUUUCUAAACUGCAAAAUAAAGAUGUCUGCAGUAAGGCUCUCCUGUUAACUGGCUGAGUCAACCAAACAAUUUUUGUCAUUUAUUAUUUAUCUCCUUGUUAACAAGUUUAAAAUGUGUUGAAAUAGAUAUGUUAUAACUUUCCUGCAUGUGGAUCAGACAGACAAAAGUCUUGUGAUUGUCAGCAGUAAUCAUUCGUCAGUUGUUGAAUAAAAUCAGCUGUU